AUGGCAGACAGUGUUGAGAACAAGUCUAAUCGCCCUCGCGAAACCGUCAAGAUUCUUUAUGACUACGAGCUCACCAACGCACCCGGCAAGUCCAUCGUUGGUCUCGAAGUCCACUAUGGUCCUAACGGCUGGACACCGCCGCAUACUCACUCUGGUGCGACCGUCGCCGCCACUGUGAUUAAGGGUCAACUCCUCAGCGGGAUGAACGGUAACCCGCCCAAGGUGUAUCACGCAGGCGAGAGCUUCCGCGAGUUUCCGGGUUGCCAUCACACUGUCAGCGAUAACCCUAGCGACACUGAGGACACAACCUUCAUUGCGGUCAUGGUGAUUGAUACCGAGGUUGUGAAGAAGGGGUAUCAAAAUCUUGUUGUUUUGGAUAAGGAAUGGGAAUGA